GUUUACCUAUGGAAUGCAAUAGGAAAUAAGUUAAGAUAGAAAAUUUACUAAAUUUAAUAAUGUAACCGACAAGUUGAUAAGAAAUGAAAUAUUUGUUCUCUACCGUCGUUCUGUCAUCUAUACUUUGUUCAGUGUUUGCUGCAAGACCAGAAAUAGUGGGUGAUAUUUUACCAGAGUUGAAAAAACUGGGUCAAACAGCAUACCUGAAUUGUUCCGUUAUAAAUUUACAGUCUCCAGCACAGUUACAAUGGAUUAGAAAGACCCUACCAUCUGGAGAACCUUUGCAUAUUUCCUCCGAUGAAACUAUUCGUAUUGAUGAAAUUGUUAAAGGACAAAAGAAAUAUGAUGUGGUGAAAUACGGAAAUACCAAUCGUUUAAUGUACCAACUGAUUAUUCGAUCAUUAACGGAGACAGAUGCAGGAAAUUAUACCUGUCAGAUCUAUCUACCAAAUCAGAAUUACGAUGAAUGGCCACAAAAGUUUGGUGUUUUAACUGUGAAAAGACACUGUUGAUGAUUGGAAAGCGCCAUCUACAUACCAAGUUUCCAGGGUCACAAUUAUGUUUGGACUCAUCAUAAGCUUCAUCAUCAACAAGUUACUUUCAAAGAUGAACGUUUGUUUAAAAUCUUCUUCACUAAUUAUUCCAUGUAAAAUACUUGAAAAAAAAUAACAACAUUGAAGUUUUUUAAAAGACAUGUAUAUAUUCAUUAAAUGUGUGCCAUAUAUUAUUUGUUUAGUUAUCUCCCUUUGAUUAUUGAUUAUAAUCUUUUUAAAGAACCAGUACUAUCUUUGACAGCAUAUAACAAAAAAAAAAGGAAAAUUUCAAAACGAGAUUUGGAACAGGACUCUUGUGAAUGUUUUACUCUUUUGUCAGCCACCAUAAAAUAAGUAAUUUUUUUGAAAAAGGCAACAUAAUUUAAAGUAAUUUCCAUGCAAUAUCAGUUUUUAUUGACAUAAUUAAAAUUGGAGGUAGUCAAGUUGGCGGUUAUGUUGGAAUACAAACUGGUAGAUUUUACUUCAUUCAGUGACCAUAUCACUAGAACAAGCUAUUCUGAUUUUAGAUCAUUACUAUAUCAUAAAAAAAUUAAAUCAUCGUUUUCGUAGUCUAGGAGGCAGUGAAAAAGAAAUUUAUAAAACGAUUUGUUUAUCAUUACUCGCAAACAUGGCAUUAAAGGGAAAUAACAUCUGCUCUAAUUACAACAAUAUUGAAAAGUAACCAUUAUGGUACAAAUGUUAAAUUAUUUUUUUCUGUUGAAAUUAUGAAACAGAUGUUAUAAAUAAGAUAAAGAAAAAAAACGGGGAUGGCUUUUUCAAUAUGAAUAACACAUUCAUCAAAAUAUUAGAAACAGUACCGACUGAUAUGUGUUCUUAUAGAGAAAAAUGCAUUUUAUAUGUAAUCUAGGGAUAUAAAAGGAUAUCUUGUGCAAUUUUGAAGAAAUCUAAAAAAAAAAUUGAUAAACUUUCUAAAGGUAAAUGAAGUAAUACAAAUUAAGGGCAGACUGUUUUGAUGUAAUACUACAGAAAAAACUACAAGCAUAACAAGAUAUCAAUGGAAGUUUAAUGACCGUUAAGGAAGCACCUUAUUAUAUUUCUAAAAAAAUGAUUUUAUGUUUAUAAUUUUCCUUUGCAUUUUUUAUUGAUUAAUUUCUACAUGUUGUAAUCAUCUGUAUUAUUAUACUGUUCGUGUAACUUGUGUGUACAUUGGUGCGCCAUGUUAUAUAUGGACAGAUUAACUUUGAGCAUUUAUUAUUUAUCAUGAAGUAUUUGUAGUUAUUUAGAAGACACAUACUGCUAAUGUCUCGAAUCUCCAAGAUGAGAUUGGUUUAUCCAUCUCAUAUCUUUUUUUCAGUUUAAUAUAUUUGUGUCUUUUUCAUGUGUUGUGUGUAUAAAUUUAAUUAAUAAGUAGUUUUUUCCAUUGAAUUUUGGCUAUUAGAAUGCCCUUUAUCCUGAAUCCUGAUGAUAGUCCGUCGGACGGGGACGAUAAAUGGCUGACCCGUGUUAAGAGAGAGUCAUAUCUCUUGCACGUUAAAGACACCCUUGUCGAUUUCGAAAAAGAGUAGGCUUAUGCCGCUACAAGGCAGUACUCACACCCGCAAAGUGGAAAGGGAUUAAUAUAAGUUGCAAAACUUGUUUCCCAA